UUACAAGUGACUGUAAAUUAUUUGCUAUAAGCUCUGAACCGUUAAGAUAUGUUUUUAUUUAGAACAUCCGCUUUAUACCCAGUUUAAAAUAAAAUCAUCACGUUUUAGUGAUUAACAGUGAAACGAAACGCUUUGCUGACGAUAAGUUUUAUAUACAAACUUUAAAUGAUCAAAGAUAAAUCCAAGAAACUAACACUGCUUCGGGACUUAUUAUCACCGAUGUGACGUUUGCAGAGAAUGUGCUAUUUUUUUAUAAUUAUGGAUACAGUGUACGGACUUAUUAGUUUAAUUAUGAUUUCUUGUAUAUUUGAUGAAAGUGCAUCGCAGCCAGAAAAUUUGGCAAGUAUUUUCAAUUCUAGUUCUCUACAUUUUCUCCGAAUGAUCCAGUACAGAUUUUGUGGCACUAAAAAUCAGUGUGACAAGAAUUUGACAUUCGAGGAUCCUGAAUCGGUAAAUAUUUACGAAUCUUUCAAAAGUGUAAUACCGACUACUAGUGUAAUACCGAUUACUGUGUCGCAUGAAUAUAGCCGUGUGAAGUGUUGCAAGAGUUGCUCCUGUGACCUGUCAACAUGUCAGGAACGUGGGACAUGUUGUACCGAUAUUCUUACGCCGGAUAUUGUAACUAGUGAAACAUACAGUACAUUUACAUGCGAAUCUGCUCAGCUAAGACCAAGUAAAUCUGAAGUACAGAAUGGAAACUCGCUGUGGAUGAUAGGGAAGUGCUCAAUGGCAUUUGUAAGUGAUACAGAUAAAGCUGUAAUAAAAAGGAAAUGUGAAAAUGGGACCGAAUAUCUGGGACUAGAUACAACUUCACCUGUUACUGACAUAGAAUCUCAAAUAACAUAUCGUAACCGCUAUUGUCUGGAAUGUAAUAACAAAUCUAUCAAAAAUGCUGUGAUAUGGAAUGGUCGUUUGAGAUGUACAGAAGAUGAAGCGGCAGCUUUAUUGAAUCUAGAUAGUGAUAACAUUAUAGGAUCAAUAACACGGACAAAAACAUGCAAUAUUGUCUAUGAAAGACCACCAGGUACUACCUUUGAAGUAACAAACUGUAAUCUAGGAAUUAGCAAGUGUAACGUGACAGGUCGCUUGGCAGUCUACGAUCCCUUUAUAGAAGCAGCAUGUCAUAUGUUCACGAAUAAAAUAAAGACAUAUAAAAACGUAUUUUGUUACAUGUGUAAUACAAUUGUCACAGAAGAAUGGUGCUAUGUACUCGUGCGCUCUAAAACAUAUCCUCCAUUAUUUUCAUCCUUACUUAAAUACAUGCCAGACAAUACACACAAAAACAACGCUGAUGAUGUUGACACAUCCGCUUGCACUGAUUCACAGAUUUACGAUAUGAUGCAGAAUACAUGCAGGAACUUAUCAUGUAGAUUUCCAAAGACUCUUGAAAGAGGACAAUGUGUUAAUCUUGUUGAAACACUAGCCGGGGUCAGUUAUAUGAUGUACUUAAAAUUUACACCGUUAAAUAAAACCAAAUACUCAGAUUUCUUUCAUCUUACAAAUUCCUUAGUAACAGUAGUGGACAACAAACUUACAAGAUGGGGGAUAAAGACGUUUGUUUAUAAUUACACUGUGUUGUACAAGGUCGAAACUACGGAAAAUGAAUUGACAAAUACUUCUACAAGACACAUGGAUACCAACAUAAUAGUCCCAUCCAUGUGUGAUGUCACGGAAGAUAGGUCAAUUGAAAUUUCAGCUUUAAUCGAAGACUUAGGAGAUCCAAUAAUAUUAAAUAGCAGUAACACUAAACAUUCUCCUACUACCGCAGAUAUUUUUCAAACAACGUCGCCUAUCAUACCGAUAUUGAGUAUAAAUAAUACAAUUUCUUACAUAUUAUUUCGUAUUGGGUUUUAUAUAAAUGCAAAAGUUGACCAAAUCAACAUUUCUGUAUUAGACGAUAUCUUAAACAUAGAGGGAGAACAUAUUACGGCUAACGAUAUCUACGGUCAUGUUAAUGGUCAUUUUAAAGUAAGCUUAGAUGAUUUCACAAAUGCAGACUUCACAGCGGGAAAAGAUGUUUAUAUGAAAGAUACAGAAGAUGGCGAGACUCUUGGAGUGUUUCCAAUAACAUUCACGCCAAUUGUUGACGUAAAUAGACAAAUGAAACCAGUGAUUAUUGCCGAAAAACUCGCGUGUCCGUUAGUAUACGUUGAUACACAUGAGCUCACAGUAAAAAAGUUAGAUAAUACUAUCGAUAUAUAUGGAACAAAAAUUGAACGAAAAUAUUUUUAUAGAGUUGCUCUGGAAAGUACCGGAAGUGGCUGUUUUUACUUAGUUUGUGUUGACAAAUUUCUGCAAGCGUUAAACAAUGUUGAAAAUCCAGAUACAGUUUAUCAAACGCAAACAGUUAAACGUAUCCUGUCUAUAACAUUGGUCAUGCUGUCUGUAACAUGUUGUCUUUUAACAUUCCUAACUUACUCUCUUUUCAAAGACCUGAGAUCUCAGCCGGGUUUAAAUAAUAUGUGUUUAGUUAGUAAUUUGAUCAUCGCACAACUGCUGUUUCAGUUUGGUAGCGGCCAAGCUGGUCUGAUACCUGACUGGGCCUGUAAAACAAUAGGUGCUUUAGUGCAUUUCUUUUGGCUGGAAGUUAUAUUUUGGAUGAACGUUUGCACUUACCAUAUGUUCAACGUAUUCGGGAAUAUACGUCAUGUUGAAAACAGACAGACGUCAAACCGGCUCAGAAUGACGCUGAAAUACACCGUUUAUUGCUUUUUCUCGUCUGCACUUUUUGUUGUCAUCAAUAUAGGUGUAGUAUCCGCAUCUUCAAAAAAUGAGCGCAUUGGAUACGGCGACCAGGUGUGUUAUAUAUCGCGGCGUGAUAUGAUCGGUUAUGUAUUUGCAUUCCCUAUUUUCCUUACCAUUUUCACCAACCCUACCCUUUUCGGGAUUGUUAUAUUCAAAAUAAGUCGUCUGCCAACGAUUGAUUCAAGCCUGAAAUCAAACAGGAAUUAUAUCUCGAUCUAUGCGAAACUGGCUUCUAUCACAGGUAUAACAUGGAUAACAGGUGUGCUGAUAUACUUUACAGAUAUUGAAAUAUUUGAAUAUAUCUUUAUCAUUCUCAAUGCAGGUCAAGGAAUAUUCAUAUUUUUGUCUUUUGUAUGCAACAAAAGAGUAUUUAGGCUGUAUAAAACACUAUUAAUUGGACAAAAGCCAGCAAAACAAAGAAACAAACAAAGAAACAAGUCAAACGCAACAAGAGAAACUACAUUUAGUAGUGGAGAUUAUUGAAUUUAGAGAUGUGUUAUUAAAUGUCACCGGCAAGUAAAGCAAAUUCUAACACGACCGGAUUUGUUUCCCCAUUAAACCAAGAAGACUGUAAGUGUGACAUUAUUAUGCCACAAAACCACAUUUUGUACGCUAGAGCGUCAAAUGUCAUAGAGGCGCGCUGAAAAUGAAUAUUUUAACAUGAGUUAAACAAAGAAUAAGUUCAAACUCUAUUUCUUGCAUACCACACGGGAGUUUCCGGUAUUUUUACCGGUGCUGAAAAACUCCAUCUUACACCCCGGAGUGUAAGAUGCUUUAUAUGGCGUAUAAAUGACUACAUGUUUGUAGAAGAUUUAUGCAGUAAUUCAUAUUUUAUUACAUAAAACGAGAUAAAAAUCAAAUACCUUGAUAGUUCCUUUUUGUUCCUCAUACUAUAUUUCUCGAUUCAGAAACCUUUAUUUUACAAAAAAUACAUAACGUUACGUUGCAAUUAAAUGAUAAAACAAAUCCGGAACUAAACAUUGUUAUUUGUCUUUGAAACAUCAUGACGUCUUUCCUGUUUACGGACGUUGGUUUCCCGCGCUUUGUUUAAAUACACUUCGGUAAAAAAGUGCUAUAAAGAAAGUAAUCCGUUUGGCUGUAUUUUAACUAUUGUUUCUUGGGUAUGACAUGCAAGAAAAAAGUCUAUCACUGGCUGUAGGUGCGGAUGGGAAUAUUCGGCUCUCGGGUAAAGCAAUUAUGCACCAAGAAAAUAGAGACGUAGUAAAAUAGGUUGAUUUUAAAUUCGUUUAAGAUGUUUAAUUCAAACACACCCACUUUAGCCCGAUUUACGCACAAAUUCCGCCGUAGUCGACCGAUAACCAGUUUUAUAAUAUCAUAAUACAGAUUAUUUGAUUGGCUAUUUAUAAUCCUUUAUAUUGAAAACCGUGAAAUUUAUCGUCACUUAGUUCUUGUUUCUUUGUUGUGUCACGUCGUUUUUCGAAAUUACCCGCCCUCCCAUUGUCAAUACCUUUAUUUCUUGUUUGUAUGCUAUAUGAUAAGUACUUUGUGCAUUGUUCUGUAUUUAUGCGUUGUGUUGCUUUAUAUUUUAUUUUGCAUAAUUGCUUUCUCAAAUAUUUAUACAUGUUUAAUUUGAAUAUUGCUUGAUUUAGUUAGUGUUUUUAGUUGUAUGCAAAUGACAUUUGUUUGAUAAAUUAUAGUAUGCUGAAAGCGUACAUACAUUUAGCUUAAGUGAAAGGUAAUUGAUUAAUAAUACAAUGUGUUCUGGAUAUGAGCAGACCAUUCAACUUUCUUAUAAAAGUGAAUUUAAAGAAGAAAUUCAAGCAUUGGAAACAAUUGACACUUUCAUAGUGGAGUGUUUAAAUUAUUGAAAAUGACAGUAUGUAGAGUGAUGGAUGUGCCUUUAUAAUAUAGUUUAAAGAGACACUCAAUGACAUGUUCAAGUAAUGAUUUUGAAUUUGUGAAGUAAUUUGUGCUGAUUUAUAUUUGGUUUAAUUCAAUUAAUUGUUAUAUUUAUUUUGGUUUAUAGCAUUGUUAUGUAAUUAAGAUGUGUAAUGAUGCUAAUAAAAUCUGGGAAGUAGAUCCCUCGGAAGCACCGAGAACAAGGCAAAUAGUGAAAAUUGCAGACUCGGUUUGAUUGAGUCUGUUCAUGGGCAGUAAUGGAAAAAGCAACACUGCCCACGCCCCCUAGCACCGGCUUAAGCAGUAUUCAAUCUUCAAAUCUAAAUGAGUUGAAAUCAAUGAUCCCGAACGACCAGAAAAGUUGAUAUUACGUGGGUAUUUCAGUUUUCAACAGGAUUAAUAAUUAUUUUUAACCUCGUAUUUAAAAUUGAUUUCGCUGUCGUUCUUACAUGCCUUACGUGACACUUAUGCUGACACUAAAUCAACUCUUUCGUUUUCAUCUUGUCUCUCAACUCUGAAUAUUUAGGCUUUAAUUUAAAGGUGUUUGUCCUUGGUGACAAGUUAGAAAUUGAAAUAAUAUAUCGCAAACGAAUAAAAUCAAUGUUUGUCGUUCAGAUGCGUAUUAUUAUAUUACACGGGCUGCGCCCUCGUGAUAUAAUUCCUUCUGCUAAGAAACUGCGUUAAAUUCAACAAUAAGAGUUUGAUUCACAUUAUCAAUAUAUUAAUUCAGAUAGAGAAUGCGAUUUAAUACUCUGUCCUACCUUCAUGCGAAAUACAGGGCAAGAUCUGGGGGUAUAAUAAAUUUUGCUUUAUUAGGUCAGUGACUAAAUAAACUUUGGCCGGACUUCUUUUUUUUAUUUUUUUUUAUUCAAAACGACUCCAUCUUGUUAUUUGCUUUUUAGUUUUUAAAGACCAACUACAAAAAACAUAUUUAUGCAACGAUUAAGCCUCAGCAAACGAGUUUUUAUUAGGUACAUGAGACCGGCAAUGAAUAUUUGCAAUUACCUCAAGAAGUUUUUAUAACGGAAUGACUCAAGAAAAACGAAAGCUGAAUUAUCCAGAGCGUUUGCGAAGGGGGCAAGGGACAGAAAAUUUGAAAAUUCCACAAAUCUGCGCUGAUACCAGUGCGAAAAAAUCAUAACAAAACACAAUUUUGAGAAAUUCCAGGGAAGUGUUGAGCGGAUGUAUUGCAUAUACUUAGCACUUCAUCAUGUGACAUUUUCAACCUGCCGAUUCCGUUGUUUCCAUGAUAAAAACGAGUAAAACUCCGGUUUCAGGACACUAAAUUUUGAGGAUAAAAUAGCCCAAAAUACACACAUUGCGCGGCCUGUAAGCGUAUUAUCUGCAAAUGACUGACCUAAAACAUAUGUAUAUUUUUAAAGCAUUUGACCAGACAAAAAUAAUGGUGAAUGGUGGGAAGAAAAGUGUGUCAUAACCGUUUACAUUUUCCGCAAAUUUGAGCUGAAUCUGGAUGGAUGGAUGACCGUUUCCAUUUCGUCUGACUUCUGUUACCUCAGGUAAGAUUUUAGACCCGGCCGUCGAUUCAAGCAUUUAGUUAUUUUACUCGUACGCAGGAAUCCUUAGUUCUAUAAACAUCAUAAAUAUAGGAUAUUGUGGUGUUUUUACUUUUAACUUUAUUUUGAUACAGUAUUUGAUAAACUAUACGUGUUAUGAAUUUAAAUUCACACAUUAGUAGGAUAAUAUUUAUAACACAUACAAAAUUACGGAUAUAAAUUUGACAAAGAUCCGGUUUCAAAUUGAUUAUAUCUAUCGUAUAAUUUGUUUACAACUUAAGUGCAGACGAUAUAAUCAUUUUCCCAUUACUGUGAUCCUUCGACAUUUUGCAAUACAUUUUCUAAUAUGCUGAGUAUAUUCCUUACACGAGAUGAUCUUUUUCUAAGAACUCUGAUUUGGCAAUUUAUUAAAGCUAAAAUUGUUAAUUAAGAAUAUACUUUCAAAUCGAAACGGGAAGAUAUGAGAAUUUAGAUGUUAAUAACAGGAUCUGUCCAAUUUGUAAACAAAAUGUUGAAACUGAAUUUAUUUGAUAAAGCCAAUGAUAUCAAUGAUGAUUUUGUUAAUAUGAAUGAUGAACAAAAAAGUAUGUUUGUACUCUCAAACACUGAUAUUGCCAAAUUAACUGCCAAAACCUGCUAUAAUAUACUUUUUACACGUUUUGAUACUUUAUAUCAUUAAAAUGGGUUACAUUUACCAACAACAACAACAACAAUAAUAAUUUAUUGCAAUCACCAUUCGCAUGGUUUUGGCAAUGAACAGAACAAAAUGUAAUUUAAACAUAGCAUGCACAUAUAUGUAUGAUAUAUCAAUCUGUAAACAAAACAACACAUUACAACAUAUUAUCAAUAUGCACUGUGCGUUUCUUAAAUGCAUAUUUUAAAUAUUUACAAAGGCGUAUAACUGUUCUUGGAUUUUCACUUUUCAUUAAGUUAAUAAAUGUUUCAAUAGUUGGCCAAGAUUGACAAAAUAUUGGUAGAUAUCUACAUCUAAUUUCUCUGUAAUAUUGACAUGUCAUUAGAAAAUGGUAUUCUGAUUCUACUAAAUUGUGGGUACACUUUUCACAUAUUCUGUUAUUUCUUUCAGUUCCAGUAUAUCUGCCAGUUUCUAUGGCUAAGCAAUGUGAAGAAAGUCGAAAACAAGUCAAUGAAUCUUCUUAGAUAGUCGUCAUUAAUAAAGGAUAUUCAAAAUUUGUCUUAAACUUAAUGUAAUAUUCAAGUUUCGGGGAGCUAAAUACAGACCCAUGCCAUUCUUGGAUAAAUUGAUUUCUUACUCUCCUCUGAAAUAAUGGAAAAUAGUUUACAUUGAUAUCUAUGUUAUCCCAAAGGUUACUAUAUCCUAUGCUAUCAAGAAUUCUUUUUACCGCUUUAACCCAUGGUAUACAGUUAGCACUAUCAAUAAAAUCUUUUUUCUGAGUCAAAUAUACAGUACGUUAUAGAAUUAGGAUUUGACAUAACUUUAAGCCAGUAUUUCAACACACGCUCUUUACACAAAGUAGUCAAGGAAUAGCGUCCUAACUCCCCUAGUACUGCCAUUGUCGAAGUCUGAUACUUCACACCUAAGAUCCUUUUACAGAACUGUGUAUGAAUCUUCUCAAUAUCUAAAGUAUUGUAUAUUCCCCAUAUCUCAGAGCAGUAUAAUAUAAUUGGUGAAACCAUUUUAUCAAAUAAACUUAAUUUUGUUUUAACAUCAAAAUUUAAUCUUGAAAAAAUAGAAUGCAAUCCAUUCACGGCUUUUAAAGCCUGUUCAGACAAACAUUUAAUUGCCGUUUUUAAAGUGCCAUUCCGGCUAAAUUGCACCCCUAAAUAGCAGAAAGAGUCUACAACUUGCAAAGUCUCAUCAUUUAUACGCCAUUCAAAAUUCAUGUUAAGUGUACGUUUACUAAAAAUACAUACUUUUGUCUUAUUAAUAUUUAUCUUAAAGCCCCAUUGUGACGCAUACAAAUACAGAGAAUCAAUUUGCGCCUGUAGGCUUUCAGCUGAUGUAGUAAAUAAUACCAUAUCAUCAGCAAACAUAAGUAAAUACUUAGCUGGUUCAAAUCGUCUUCGGUCAAUACGUUAAAGUUCAUAUUAGACGCUACAUCAUUCAUGAAAAGUAAAAAUAGAAUAGGAGAAAGAGGUUCUCCUUGUUUUAGACCAAGUGACACUUCGAAAAAAUCCGAAACUGUAUUCAAACCUUUCACACAAGCAGAUACAUUUGAGUAAAUUGCUUUUAACAUUUUUAACAUUUUUGUACUAACUCCAACUUGUAAUAACUUUGACCAAAGAGCUUGUCUAUUAAUAGUAUCGAAAGCCUUUUCGUAAUCCACAAAGCAACAAUACAAAGGCAGAUUCUUGGAUAACGACUUACCAAACUGCAUUUUAUUCAAAUGUAGUAUCCCUUUUAUUGUACAUAAAUGCUCUAUCAUUGUUUUAAGGUAAUUACUUUUAUGUUUGUAGUUAAAUGUAGAUAAUCAUUGCUAAUCAGUUCACCUCUGAUCUGAUCAGGGUUGAUAAAUGAUUUUUAGAACAUUUUUUAUUAUGCGCAGUAGUGCCACAAUUUUUCUCUUUUCAGUAUCUUAAUCUUCAUUAUUUUAUGACAGAUCUUAAAGUAUGGAUUAGCAAUGGUAAUCUAAUUUUUAAACAUGUAAAAUUUAGUAAUUGUUAUUGUUCAUACAUCAUAUAUUACAAUAUCACACUUUAUCAUGCUUUCUAUGUUAGGAUUUGUUAACUGUAAUUGUGGAUGGAAUAUAUAAUUAGACUUUUGUAGGUAUAAACAUUAACAUAGUAAUAUACACUGACAGUAACAUUGAACAACUGUUUUUAAAUCAGUAAUUUUAAGUUAUGUAAUGAUAGUCUCCUAUAAAUCUAUAAUAGACUGGCCAUGCUUUUUAUUGAUGUAUUUAUUAAAUUGUACUAUGUAAAUUUGCAUGGAUGAGACAUAAAUAAACUAUUAAACUUCAAA